UUGGACAGGUGGGGCAUGAAGAGGCCUGAAGCAGAAGGAGGAAAGGUCUCAUGGUACCAAGUGACGUGUCCUUCUUGUGAGAUCCAGUCCCCAGAACCCACCGAGAAAAUGUCGGGAGUGCAGGCCGUCUGGCCAUCAGGUACGGAAUGUAUUGCCAAGUACAAUUUUCACGGCACGGCUGAUCAGGAUCUCCCGUUCAGCAAAGGAGACGUUCUCACCAUCAUCUCUGUCACCAAGGAUCCCAACUGGUACAAAGCAAAAAACAAAGUGGGUCGCGAAGGCAUCAUUCCCGCCAACUACGUACAGAAGCGAGAAGGGGUGAAAGCUGGGAUCAAGCUCAGCCUGAUGCCCUGGUUUCAUGGGAAGAUCACCCGCGAGCAGGCCGAACGGCUGCUGUACCCACCAGAGACGGGCCUCUUCCUGGUGCGGGAGAGCACCAACUACCCGGGCGACUACACCCUCUGCGUCAGCUGCGACGGGAAGGUGGAGCAUUACCGGAUCAUCUACAACUCUAGCAAGCUGAGCAUUGAUGAAGAGGUGUACUUUGAGAAUCUCAUGCAGCUGGUGGAGCACUACACCUCCGAUGCGGACGGACUCUGCACACGCCUCAUCAAGCCAAAGGUCAUGGAAGGCACCGUGGCUGCCCAAGAUGAAUUCUCACGCAGCGGGUGGUCCCUCAACAUGAAGGACUUGAAGCUGCUGCAGAUCAUCGGCAAAGGCGAAUUUGGAAAUGUGAUGCUGGGUGAUUAUCAUGGGAACAAGGUUGCCGUGAAGUGCAUUAAAAACGACGCCACCGCGCAGGCCUUCCUGGCUGAGGCUUCAGUCAUGACGCAGCUCCGGCACAGUAAUCUGGUGCAAAUGCUGGGAGUGAUAGUGGAGGAGAAAGGCGGCCUCUACAUCGUCACGGAAUUCAUGGCUAAGGGAAGUUUAGUUGAUUACCUUCGCUCCCGAGGGAGGUCUGUCCUGGGGGCAGACUGCCUGCUGAAGUUUUCCUUAGAUGUCUGCGAAGCUAUGGCGUACCUGGAAGCCAACAAUUUUGUUCAUCGGGACUUGGCAGCGCGGAAUGUACUGGUCUCAGAAGACAACGUUGCCAAAGUCAGCGAUUUUGGGCUGACGAAAGAAGCUUCGUCCACCCAGGACACGGGCAAGCUACCAGUGAAAUGGACGGCACCAGAAGCACUUAGAGAAAAGAAAUUUUCCACCAAAUCAGACGUGUGGAGCUUCGGGAUUCUUCUCUGGGAAAUCUACUCCUUUGGACGAGUGCCUUAUCCAAGAAUUCCUCUGAAGGAGGUGGCUUCUCGCGUGGAGAAGGGGUACAAGAUGGACGCCCCCGAUGGCUGCCCCCAGGUUGUCUACGAUGUGAUGAAAAAGUGCUGGAACUUAGAUCCUUCUCACCGGCCCUCUUUCCACCAAUUACGGGAACAGCUAGAGCAUAUCAAAGCCAGCGAGCUUUACCUGUGAGGUCGGACCAGAGGGCGGGGCUUCCUUUGGACACGCCUUCUCCAUCACUUCCUGUGAUCCACCUCCCGUGCACAUGUGUCAGGGGGAAGGCUGGGUAAGGGACCGACUGAAGCAAUGUGGGUCUCUUUUGUUUUGUUUUUUUCAUUUUUUUCAUCCCCCCCACCCCCCCAGGAAUCAGAAUUGCUCCACUCAAGGGACUAUACUCCGAGAAAACAUAUUGGACUUGGUGCAUAUCCCCCACGCACCCCGGCUGGUGGGUGGGGAGAUUGGUUCCUCUUUCGGUGGGCACCCUCAUCUGUCUUUUCUUUAACAGAAGGAUGUACAAGCAAGGCGAAACAGUGGAAUGGCCAUCUCUCUCUCUCUCCCUCUUCCUUCCCUCUUUGUAGUAAGAACCGAAAUUCACCAGGGAAAGGUGCAACGGCAUUUUAGUAGCAUGUUUCUGCACCUUCCCCUAUGAAUUUCCCGCCAUGCAUCACCCUCCCUUGUCUUCCCAUUUCCCUUCUACCUUUUAACAUUUCCCAGGAACCAGACCUGGGUGCCUUCGGUUCUUGGGAAGGAUGAGAAGGGUGCCCAUCCUGCUGAAACAGGACAAAGAGGACAGAUGAGCAGGGAAGAUAUUUCACGGGGGGGGGGCUGUUGGUGGAGGGGAGGGCAAUGUAGUGAAUUUCCCUGCCCUCCCAGUAAUUCUGCAACUGCUGGAAAUCCCACACUGUCCCAGGCAGCAACUUGUCUCCUACUUUUUUUAAAAAAAAUAAUAAUACAGGUUUUGUUGAGUUUUAAUUUUUUUUCAGUUGGGUUUUUUUUUAAUUAUUAUUAUUUCAAGACUGCACCAGAAAAUCAGCUAUUUUGCUGGGUUUUACUAAAGUUACAGAUCUUAUUUUUUAAUGUAAUGAUUUAAAAAAAAAAAGUUU